UUGCUCUGAACGAAUAUGAAAAAAAAAAAAAAAAAAAAAGCGCUCCCGCGAAAGGCGAGAUGGGGAGAGGACUCGAGGACUUGGAAUUUCUUUUUUUCAUUCAGAUCGAUACUGAAAGCGCUGUCUACUUUUUGCAAUUGCUAAACUUUCCGGAGAUUUGCCCAUGGCAAACAUCGGUGGAUAACUUAUUCUGCAUCUCUCUCAUGUAAAUGAAUGAGAUGCAUUUGAGUCAUCUUUUCGGGUAAAAAUUAUCUAACUUUAAACCUCUCACACAUUUUCCUAAAAAUUUUCUUGAACAAGUGACUAACAACAACAACAGAUUCAGCGUGAAAAUACAUCAGCAUAACAAAUUUGGAAACUUUCACUUAAUUUUAAAAUUUCAAAAAGCGAAGCCUAUCAGAAAAUAUCCCCUUUGAGAGAUAAUCUGCAAUUUUAUCUGCCAAAAUGAAUAAAUAUUUACAUAAAGUUUUAAAAGACAACAGACAACUUCUUGAAACCAAUUUAGUUCCUGAGCCUGUGAUUGAAUGCAUGUUGGAAACUUCUGCCCUUACACCUGAUGAUCAAGAAGAGUUAGAGCAAGAGGAUGAAAGAAAGACCAAAGUGAAGAAAUUAUUGAAAAUGGUUGAAAGGAAAGGCAUCAAAUGUUUUGAAUCAUUUCUGGAUGCUUUGGUUCGCACUGACAAUACCAACUUAGCAAAUACACUGAAGGAAAGUAGGAAAGUUCCCACAACAGAUUUUGAUGAUGAAAAUAGAAAGUCAAUACCACAUUUAGAAAGUAUUGACUCACUCAGCCAGACAUUUAUCUUACACAAUGAAGACCACACACUUGGCAAUUCAUUACGUUAUGUUAUCAUGAAAGAUCCUAGAGUGGAAUUUUGUGGAUAUGGUGUACCGCAUCCCUUUGACAAACAGAUAAAUUUCCGGAUACAAAGCAAAGUUAUUCCUGCUGUGGAAGUUUUAGUUGAUGGACUUAACAAUUUAAAUUCUUUAUGCCAAAUUGUUCUGGAUAAAUUUGAGGAAAGUGUGAAUACAUACAAGAAAAGUCAACAGGAAUAAAAAAAAAAAACAGAUUGUGUGUGAGCGUGUGUCUCUAAUUAGAUGACAUAUGCUGUUAAUAAAGACAUUUGUGUUUUGUCAAAAUAAAAACAGUCUGAAAAUUC